AUGAAGCUCCUCACACCAGCCACUAUCAUUCUGCUCCUCUCUCUCUGCCUCCAGGACACAUGGGCACGCAAAUACAUCUCUGUCCUCACUGUGCCUAAUGGAGGCCACUGGGGCCACUGGGGGAGUCGGCAAUUUUGCCGCUAUGGCUAUGCCAGUGGAUUUGCACUGAAGGUGGAGCCCUCCCAGUUUGGAAGAGAUGACACAGCUCUGAAUGGCAUACGCCUGCGUUGUCAAGAUAACUCAGUCAUUGAGUCUUUGGUGGGCAAGUGGGGAACCUGGACCAGCUUCCAGGUUUGCCCUAGAGGCUACUUGAUCUCCUUCUCACUGAGAACAGAGAAAUCUCAAGGAGGAGGUGAUGACACAGCGGCCAACAACAUCCGGUUCAAAUGCUCAGAUGCAACUGUGCUAGUAGGUGAUGGACUUUCAUGGGGUAGUUUUGGCCCAUGGAGCAACAGCUGCAACAUAUGCGGUCUCCAGACAAAGGUGGAGCCCCCACAGGGGCUUCAGGAUGACACAUCGCUCAACAACGGGAAGUUCUUCUGCUGUAGCUGA